CAGUCAGUUUCACAAUCUUUUGUAUUGAAAUCUUGCCAAUCACAACAAAAGUCUGUGUUUAGAGGAUAGAUGCAAAAGAGAGUUUAGAAGACUGUGAAUCCCAGUAUAGACCAAGAGGGACAGGGUUCAUUAUCACAAUUUGUAUUAAACUCGAUUCCUUUUUACUCUCCCUGCAGUAUUUUACCAUAUUCUUCAAAGGACAGUAUGUGUUUAAGUUUUCUGACUUUUAGCCCCUACCCCUCUAAAAUCCUGUGCACGUCCCUGCACGCGCCACUGUGCACCCCAUGGAGUCUGAACGUCAUGAAUAAACCAUGAAGUUCAGACUGAAGCCCCCCUCAACCUCCAGUUGAGGAAAACAAACAAACAAACAAAAACUCCAGAUGAGGCUCUUCUUCAGAGCAAAAAUGGGACAUUUUCCUGAUUAGCGCCAAGGUUGCAAAUAUAAAGAGCCAAAAGAAGAUAAUACUUAUAAUCUUAAACCAACUGAACACAAAAUUUAAUUUUAUUUAGUUAAUAUGUUUUUGACUCAAAAAAAUAAUUUAAACAAACAUCACGUCUAGUUCAGUUGUUACAAUAAUAAAUUAAGGCAAGAGAAAUGUCAAAAUGCAAUGUAUAAAACAGGAAUUAAUUUUAGUACUGGAGUAUUGCCCACAGUUUAAAGAAAAUACAAAAGUAGGCUAUAUUUACAGUCUACAUUGGUGAGUUUCUGUCACAGAGUUUCUGGUUGCAGUUUCGGUUCUGGUGAACAUCUACAAUGAAACCUAUGAUCAGUUUCUCUUUCUCCACUACUGUAAAUUUCCUCUGCAGGAAGUUCAGAUAAACGGAUUAAAUGCUCCUCCAUGCUGGGAAGGAAGCGGAUGACUGAAUUCCAGAGAAAUGAAACCUAACUGUUGUGACCGAGCGCGCAGUGGAGCCGCUACAUCACUGCAGGUGCUGCUCAGAGCGCACAGGACAGUCUCGGACGGCACUGAAGUUUGGAGACAGAAACAGCGACCAUGAACUCCCUGAACGAGCAGUACGAGGAGAAGGUUCGUCCCUGCAUCGACCUGAUCGACUCUCUGCGCUCUCUGGGUGUGGAGAAGGACCUGGCGCUGCCCGCCAUCGCCGUGAUUGGGGACCAGAGCUCGGGCAAGAGCUCGGUGCUGGAGGCGCUGUCCGGAGUGGCGCUACCGAGAGGGAGCGGAAUUGUUACGAGAUGUCCUCUUGAACUGAAGAUGAAGAGAAAGAAAGAAGGGGAGGACUGGUAUGGAAAGAUAAGCUACCAAGACCGCGAGGAAGAACUAGAUGACCCCACAACAGUUGAGAAAAAAAUCAGAGAAGCUCAGGAUGACAUGGCUGGAGUUGGACUGGGGAUCAGCGAUGAGCUCAUCAGUCUGGAGAUCGCCUCUCCUGACGUUCCCGACCUGACGCUCAUCGACCUGCCCGGCAUUGCCAGGGUGGCUGUGAAGGGGCAGCCAGAGAACAUUGGGGAUCAGAUAAAGAGACUGAUCCAGAAGUUCAUCACAAAACAAGAAACAAUCAGUUUGGUGGUGGUUCCAUGCAAUGUGGACAUAGCAACCACAGAGGCUUUGAAGAUGGCUCAGCAGGUGGAUCCAGAGGGAGAGAGGACUCUGGGUAUUUUAACCAAACCUGACCUGGUUGACAAAGGCACAGAAGAGAAUGUGGUGGAAAUAGUCCACAAUGAGGUCAUCCAGCUGAAGAAGGGUUACAUGAUCGUCAAGUGCAGGGGUCAGAAGGAGAUCACAGAGAAGGUGUCCCUCACCGAAGCUAUAGAACGAGAGAAGGCCUUUUUCCAAGAUCACGCUUAUUUCCACACUCUCUACAGUGACGGCCAUGCGACUGUUCCAAAACUGGCUGAGAAGCUCACACUGGAACUGGUGCAUCACAUUGAGAAAUCUUUGCCUCGACUGGAAGAACAGAUAGAGGAGAAGCUGAAACAGACUCAGACAGAGCUGGAUCGGUAUGGAAGUGGGCCUCCAACUGAUCCGGUGGAGAGACAGGUUUUCUUAAUUGAUAAAGUGACAGAGUUCUGUCAGGAUGUUGUCAGUGUGACCAAAGGGGAGGAACUCAAGUGUGGAGAGAAGCUCAACGUCUUCUCUUCCUUGAGAAAAGAGUUUGGGAAAUGGAAAACUCUCCUGGAAAACUCAGGAGAAAACUUUAACAGGAAGAUCGAAAGAGAGGUGGGGGACUACGAGGACAGGUACCGCGGGAGGGAACUGCCAGGCUUUAUCAACUACAAGACCUUUGAGGUGAUGGUCAAGGAGCAGGUCAAGCAGCUGGAAGAGCCAGCCAUCAGGAAACUGAAGGACAUUGGAGAUGCUGUGAAGAAGGUGUUUGUACAGCUGGCCCAAGCAAGCUUUUCUGGAUUUCCUAACCUCCUGAAAACAACUAAGGCAAAAAUUGAAGCCAUAAAGCAAGAAAAGGAGUCCAUUGCUGAAACCAUGCUGAGAACUCAGUUUAAUAUGGAGCUUCUAGUUUACUCCCAAGACAAGACCUACAGCAAUAGUUUGAGUGAGAGCAAAAAAGAAGAGCAGAGCGAAGAGGAUGAAGACUACAGCAGGGGUCUCAAACUCUAUGCAGCCGAGGGCCCCUUGAGGCAGAAUCUAGACGUGGGCAAAAUUGUUGGUACCCCUCAGUUUGAGCAGCGAAUCACCAUCCCGCGGGACGCAGAUGGCCCGCGGGCCGCGAGUUUGAGACCCCUGGUCUACAGCCUUGACAACUACGCUACUCUUCAGGAGCUGAUGGUGCAUCUGAAAUCUUAUUACAAGAUUGCUGGCAUGCGUCUUGCUGAUCAAAUCCCCCUGGUGAUUCGCUACGAAAUGCUGCAACAAUCUGCCAGCCAGCUCCAGAGAGAGAUGCUGCAGACGAUUCAGGACAAGGAGAGCUCCGAUUUCCUGCUGAAGGAGGACUUUGACAUCGGCACCAAGAGGGCUACUUUGCAGAAUCGCCUUAAGCGCCUUAUGCAGGCCCGUGCAUACCUGGUAGAGUUCUAAAAACGCUGAAAGAUCAGUUCUGUAUCUUCAAAUUACAAGUUACUGUUCGGUUGCUAUGCUUGGGGAGUUCAGCACAAUUUGCUGGUUAUCUUUCAACAGCAAAAGUCAUAAUAGGCACACAAUGUUCUACUUUUAUAUUGUUAGAAACAGCUUGAGUGUAGAUUUUUUACUAUCAUUUUCUUUUAUUUGGGCAUUUAUAGAGGCAUAUUAUUCAUUUUUUUGUGAGUUUGAACUUAAUGCUGCAGGGAAUACAAUUUAAAAUAGUGACUAAAGGAUGAGCAGUCCUGAUUCAUUUAGAAACACAAUUCUACAAGUUUUUGUUUUAAAGAGGCAAUGAGGCAAAUCAGUGAGGCAAAUCUCUUUGUGAUUUUGGGCUAUAUAAAUAAAAUUGAAUUGAAUUGAAUUAACAGAGUUAUAACAUUUGUUUAAAAAAUGCAGAAUAGAAAGAUACAUUAGCUUCAUCCUUUUGAUCUCAGAACUGAGUUAGAAAAAAAGGGACAUCAUUCUAUAGGAUGUUUUUUUCUCUGUUCAUGUAUGAUGCUUCUUGUCAUAUCUUUAUACAGUUCAGAUUUUUUUGCAUACAGUCUCUUCCAUAACACUGAAUGUUUCUCUGUCUGUAAACUUUUAUUUUUUAUUUGAAAGAAUAAAAGGAAAAACCAAACAGA